AAGGUAAACAGGUGAGGUUAGCCUCAUUUUGUUAGUGGAGCUACAAUCUGCGCACAAUGCACGGAAUACUUCUUACCACAGGUCUGUGCCUGUUUAUGGCUACCAUGGCCUCCUCCAACAAUAGGCUGGUGUGUUACUACGACAGAAAGAGUUCUCUCAGACCCUCCAUUGGCCGGUUCACCCCAGCUAACUUUGACCCGAAACUUUGCACUCACAUCAUUAUGUCUCAUGCGAUCAUUAACCAACACAAACUUGAACCUGCUGCAACCUCGGAUACCGCCCUCUAUGUAGAAGUGAACAAUCUUAAAACCGGAAAUUCAAACCUUAAAACUCUGCUGGCUGUAGGUGGCCCAGGCUACAGCAGUCAAACGUUUUCUUCCAUGGUGGCAUCAGCCAACUCCAGGCAAACAUUUAUCAAUUCAGCCAAGACACUUCUUAAAGACUAUGGGUUUGAUGGGAUCAAUGUGGAUUGGCGUUAUCCUGGAAGUGCAGAUUCCCAGCCACAGGACAAGAACAGAUUUAUAAGUCUUUGUCAGGAACUCAAAACUGCUUUUGCUAGCGAUUCUUUGAUCGUCUCUGCCAGUGUGUCUGCAGUAAAAACAAUGAUUGACAGCAGUUAUCCCGACCCUGUUUCUUUAGCCAAUUCACUGGAUUUCAUCAAUGUUUUGACGUUCGAACUCCACAGUCCAACAGAAACGGUCACAGCACAUCACAGUCCUUUGGGUGCAUUAUCCACAAAUCUUACUGACACUCUGACCACGGCAUAUGCCAUGAACUACUGGAGGUCUAAAGGGGUGCCAGCAGAUAAACUAAACAUGGGAUUCGCUGCUUUUGGAGUUGCCUUUAGGCUGGCUAAUCCCAACAACAAUGGAGUGGGUGCAGCUACCAGCACUAAUGCUCCAGAAGAGGGGUGCUAUGGCAGUGUACCGGGCAUUUGGUCGUAUUAUGAAAAUUGCAUCUACAGGCAGGGUGGUACUGAGCAUUGGAUUCAGGAGCAGAGCGUUCCUUAUGCAGUCACUCAAGGGCAUUGGGUUGGAUAUGACAACACUUCUAGUAUUGAUGCUAAGACUUCACACAUCAUCACUAACGGCUAUGGGGGAGCAGUUGUGUGGUCUGUGGACCUGGAUGACUACACGGGACAGUUCUGCGGGGAAGGCACUUUCCCUUUCAUAAAAUACCUGCAAAGCAAACUGCCUGCUACCACUACCACCACCACUACUACUGCCCCCACCACCACCACUACCACCACCACCUCCUCCAAUGGUGGUGGUGGAGGAGGAAAUGUCUGCAAUGGAAAAACCGGGCACCACCCCAACCCAGAGGACAAUACCACCUAUUAUAACUGUGAUCACGGCACUGGCACUCUACAAAAAUGUCCUGCAGGUUUGAUUUUUUGUGACUCAUGCAAAUGCUGUAACCAUCCAUUCGCCUGUUGAAAAUGUACUGGUGAUAUUUAAACAACAACUGGAUGUCCUGUAAGACUUAAAUGGGUUGUGAUUGUUCUCAAGGUUUUUAAUGUAUUGAUUAUAAGUUAUAAUAUCAUAAUUUCAACUUCUAUAUCCAAUCACAAAAUGUUUUCAAAUUAUAUCAGUGCAAUAUAUAUUUUACUAAGUUGAAAAUUUAAUAAAAUUACACUAAAUCACAA